AUGUCCUUGCUACCUCCCGAGGUCCACUCCGCGCUGUCUCAGCUGUUGCGCGCGCUGACCACCCCCGAUAACGCGGUCCGAACCCAGGCGGAAGAGCAGUUGAAUAAUGACUGGAUCCAAACCCGUCCGGAUGUCCUCUUGAUGGGUUUGGCGGAGCAGAUUCAGGGUGCAGAGGAUACGGUUGCGCGUACAUUCGCUGCGGUGCUCUUCAGAAGAAUCGCAACCAAGACACGAAAAGAUCCCGUCACAAACGAGGCCAAGGAACUUUUUUCGACACUCUCCGGCGAGCAAAGGCUGGUUAUUCGGCAGAAGUUGGUCACCUGCCUGACGACCGAGUCCGUCACAGAUGUCCGGAAGAAGAUCGGUGAUGCCGUCGCUGAGAUCGCCAGACAAUACACUGAUAACGGUGAUCAAUGGCCCGAGCUUCUCGGUGUGCUAUUCCAGGCCAGCCAGUCUCCCGAUGCAGGCUUGCGCGAGGCAGCCUUCCGCAUUUUCUCCACCACUCCCGGUAUCAUUGAGAAGAACCACGAGGAUGCCGUGUCGGGUGUGUUCAGCAAGGGCUUCAAGGACGAUGUCGUCUCUGUUCGCAUCGCCGCCAUGGAGGCCUUCGCUUCAUUCUUCCGCUCCAUCUCCAAGAAGUCUCAAUCCAAGUUCUUCGGACUCAUGCCCGAUCUCCUCAACAUUCUACCUCCUCUGAAGGAGUCGUCCGAGAGCGACGAGCUCUCGUCUGCCUUCUUGGCCCUCAUCGAACUUGCCGAGAUCAACCCCAAAAUGUUCAAGGCCAUGUUCAACAAUCUGGUCAAAUUCAGUAUCAGCGUGAUCGCCGACAAGGAUCUCAGCGACCAGGUGCGCCAGAACGCCCUGGAGCUGAUGGCUACAUUUGCCGACUACGCCCCCUCCAUUUGCAAGAAGGAUCCUGAGUUCGCUCAAGAGAUGGUCACCCAAUGUCUGAGUCUGAUGACGGACAUUGGAGUGGAUGAUGACGAUGCUGCUGAGUGGAACGCGUCCGAGGAUCUAGAUCUUGAGGAGAGCGAUCUCAACCACGUUGCGGGUGAGCAGUGCAUGGACCGUCUCGCCAACAAGCUCGGCGGGCAGAUCAUCCUUCCCGCCACUUUUGCCUGGAUCCCCCGCAUGAUGUCUUCGUCGGCCUGGCGCGAUCGCCAUGCCGCGCUCAUGGCCGUCUCCGCCAUCUCCGAGGGUUGCCGUGAUCUGAUGGUCGGCGAGCUCGACCAGGUGCUGGCUCUUGUUGUGCCGGCUCUCCAGGAUCCCCACCCUCGUGUGCGCUACGCCGGCUGCAACGCCCUCGGCCAGAUGAGCACCGAUUUCGCUGGCACAAUGCAAGAGAAGUACCACGCCGUUGUGCUGAACAACAUCAUCCCGGUGCUGGAUAACGCCGAACCCCGAGUUCAGGCCCACGCUGCCGCCGCGUUGGUGAACUUCUGCGAAGAAGCGGAGAAGAUUGUCCUCGAGCCGUACCUCGCCGACCUUCUGCGACACCUUCUGCAGCUCCUGCGCAGCGACAAGCGCUAUGUGCAGGAACAGGCGCUCUCCACUAUUGCCACAAUUGCCGAUUCCGCGGAGAACGCGUUCGACCAGUUCUACGAUACCCUGAUGCCAUUGCUCUUCAACGUCCUGAAGGAGGAGCAGUCCAAGGAGUACCGACUCCUGCGUGCCAAGGCUAUGGAGUGCGCUACUCUCAUCGCGCUAGCGGUGGGCAAGGAGAAGAUGGGACAGGAUGCACUGAACCUUGUGCAGCUGCUUGGCAACAUUCAGCAGAACAUUGUCGAUGCGGAUGACCCGCAGUCGCAGUAUCUGCUCCACUGCUGGGGCCGUAUGUGCCGGGUGCUUGGUCAGGACUUUGUCCCUUAUCUGCCGGGUGUCAUGCCCCCUCUCCUGACGGUCGCCGCUGCCAAGGCCGACAUCCAGCUGCUGGAUGAUGAGGACCAGAUCGACCAGGUCGAGCAGGAUGAGGGCUGGGAGCUGGUCCCUCUGAAGGGCAAGAUCAUCGGUAUCAAGACCAGCGCCCUGGAGGACAAGAACACCGCCAUCGAGCUGAUUACCAUUUAUGCUCAGAUUCUGGAAGCUGCCUUCGAGCCCUAUGUGCUGGAGACGAUGGAGAAGAUUGCCGUGCCCGGUCUUGCCUUCUUCUUCCACGACCCCGUGCGAGUUUCGUCAGCUAAGCUCAUCCCUCAGCUGCUCAAUUCUUACAAGAAGGCACACGGCGUGCAGUCGCCAGGAUUCGCGGCCAUGUGGAACAAGGUUGCUGAGAAGAUCAUCGAGGUGCUGAGCGCCGAGCCCACCGUGGACACUCUGGCGGAGAUGUACCAGUGCUUCUAUGAAUCCGUUGAGGUGGUCGGCAAGAACUGCCUCAGCCCGCAGCACAUGGAGGCGUUCAUUGAGUCGGCCAAGUCGACGCUGGAGGACUACCAGGUUCGCGUCAAGGCGCGGAUCGAGGAGCGGGCCGACGCGGAAGAGGGCGACGAGGAGAACCUCGACUACGAGUACGCCAUUGAGGAUGACCAGAACCUGCUGAGCGAUAUGAACAAGGCAUUCCACACUAUCUUCAAGAACCAAGGCACGACCUUUCUGCCAUCAUGGCAACGCUUGCUGCCCUUCUACGGUGCAUUCAUCACCAGCCAGGACCCGACGCAGCGGCAAUGGGCUCUCUGCAUCAUGGAUGAUGUGCUGGAGUUCUGCGGCGCCGAGUCGUGGACCUUCAAGGAUCACAUCAUGCAGCCUCUGGCCGCAGGAUUGCGGGAUGAGAACGCUGCCAACCGGCAGGCGGCCGCCUACGGCGUCGGUGUUGCUGCUCAAAAGGGCGGCCCUGCCUGGAGCGACUUCGUUGCUGCCUGCCUCCCCAGCCUGUUCCAGGUAACGCAGAUCAACCAGGCCCGCACGGAGGAGCACGUGUUUGCGACCGAGAACGCCUCGGCCAGUAUCGCCAAGAUCCUGCACUACAAUGCCAGCAAGGUCCCGAACCCACAGGAGGUCGUGGCCAACUGGCUCACCACGCUGCCAAUCACAUACGACGAGGAGGCAGCGCCGUACGCUUAUUCCUUCCUGGCACAGCUGAUUGACCAGCAAAACCCGGUGGUGAUGUCUAAUGCCGACAAGGUGUUCGGAUACAUUGUGCAGGCCCUGGAGGCCGAGACGCUACAGGGCCAGACCGCAGGACGUGUGGCCAACUCGGCGAAGCAGCUGGUGGCCACCACAGGGUUGAAUGCAGACCAGAUCCUGGCGGGCGUGAAUCCGGACAACCAGGCGGCGGUGCGAAGCUAUUUCCAGUAA